GGAUUGCAAAAAAAAAACUACACGAAUUAUUUAGAAAUUAUUUAAUUAGUAAAUUAACUUUUUGUUUUAUCUUGAUUAUUAUAAAAUUAUGAAUAUUUAUAAAUCCAAUUUGUUGAUCAACUAUUGAUCACUAUCGAAUAAAUAAAACAAAACUUGCUUAAAUUUAAAUGGUUUCUCAACUACGAUCGUCGUAGUAGAAUAAUUACGCCCUAAAAUAACAUUUCCAAAAUAAUAUGGGAAUAUUUUCGAUUUGUAAACUAUUUACUGUGAAUUAUUGUUCAAAUAAUAUUGUUAAAUAAGAAUUAUUAUCUUUUGCAAUCGAACUAUCUUGUUGAAUCUUUUAACAAACGAUUCAAGCUAAAACGCAUUGUUAAAUAUUUUAGCUGGAAGGAAAAAAAGAUAGUAAAACAAUCGCACUAAAAUGGCCAAGGACUAUGAUUAUUUGUUAAAAGUGCUUCUUGUUGGAGAUAGCGAUGUGGGAAAACAUGAAAUCUUAUCCGGACUAGAAGAUGCUUCUUCGGAGAGCCCAUUCUGCAGUGGAAGUGCUUAUAAAACCACAACUAUUUUACUUGAGGGUAAACGAGUUAAAUUGCAGCUCUGGGAUACAUCUGGUCAAGGACGUUUUUGUACAAUAAUAAGAUCUUAUUCGCGAGGAGCACAAGGAAUUAUAUUAGUAUAUGAUAUAACAAAUAAAUGGAGUUUCGAUGGUAUAGACCGAUGGUUAAAGGAAGUCGAAGAGCACGCUCCUGGGAUACCAAAAGUACUAGUCGGCAAUCGACUGCAUUUGGCAUUUAAACGGCAAGUAGCUGCCAAACACGCGGAACUGUAUGCCUCUAGGAAUAAUAUGUCGUGUUUUGAAAUUUCGCCACUUUGUGAUUUUAACAUAAGAGAAUCGUUUUGCGAACUAGCCCGAAUGGCUCUGCAUCGCAACGGAAUGGAAAGAAUAUGGAGAACUAAUAAAGUUCUUUCACUUCAAGAGCUUUGUUGUCGGACCAUUGUUCGUAGGACGAGUGUCUACGCAAUUGAGGCAUUGCCUCUGCCACCAUCCGUCAAAUCGACUCUCAAGUCAUAUGCACUUACAACGAAUCAGUGUUUCAAUACUCUUACCCAUUCAAAGAGUAAGAAUCGAUGUAAGACACCAACCCAGAGUCAUAGUACAAGAAACAGCUGCAGCAUUUCGUGAUUUUUUUUUUUAAAUUUAGUUCUUUCUUCGAUUCAUUGAUUGAACCUUUUUUAAAAGCAAAACAAAACAAAAACAAACAAAAAAAAACAAACCUAACCUAACAUUAGUAUUUAUUUUACCAAUCAACACAAAACUCGUAUUUAAUGAAUUAAUAAUAUUUAUUUUGUAUUUUAUGUACUUUCAUUAUCGUACAUUCGACAUAAAGUCUAAUCAUUAACAUUUGCUAUGCUUAAGCAGAGUGGUAGUAGUUGUUGUAUUCCUUUUUCGGUUGUCAAAGUGUAGAGAUCAUUUUAAAUGAUAUCUGUUCUUGAGAAAUUUUUAAAUCAUUUACAUUAGAUCAAACUUCUACCACCACAGCAACAAGUUAACUAUAUUAUAAAGAACAAAAAAAUGUAAAAUAUGAUCAUGUAUAUAUAAUAUAUUUUUUAAUAUACAUCAAAUGAAUACAUUUAUGA